GGGAGGAAGGAAGGGGAGGAGAGGAGAGGAGAAGAGGAGGAAGGAAGAGGGAGAGGGAGAGGAGGACGGAGGAAUCGACAGAAAUUAGAUUGGGAAGGAGGAGGACGAACGGAGGCCGAUCGGGACUGGUAAUAGUGUUCACACGGCGAAGAAAAGACGAGGAGAAUGAGAUCAGAGUGUUGACAGACAGAGAGAGGAGAGAGAAGGAGCAUUUUCAGCAUUCCAUGGAGUGCCACUUUCUUUUUCAGGCAUUUUCCUUUUGACCGACCAGCGUUGUUCGCGGCCUGGCCUGCUCUCCUGCCUUCCCUUGUGCUGGCCUGCCUGCGCUUGGUGCCAUAGGACCAGAGGGUGAGGUAGAGAGAGAGAGAGAGGUAGAAAGACGCGGAGGGGGAGAGAGAGAGAGAAAGAGUGAGAGGGAGAAAGAGGGAGAUGGAGAUUUGAGUCUGGGGCCGAAAGAAAGAAGAACGUGUGCGCAUUUUUGGGGGUCAAGAAGUGCGUCCCAGGUCUGUACUGCUUCUGUGCUGAUGCUCUCCCAGGCUUCAGGGAUCCCUUCGAUGGAGCAAUAAGGGGGAGACGGUCUGUAGGGGUGGGAAUGUGGGUUUUGGCGCCGAGUAUUCACUCAUUGCUACAGGACGUAUAUCAAAUUAUUCCGCCGAACUCUCUUCUGAACGGAAAUAAGAGCGCCUAUUUCUCCAUAGUCAGCUCUUCGCUGCCUUGAGCUGAAUUUUGCCAUGUCUACUUUCUUUCUUUCGGCAUCGGACUCCUUCCGCUGCUGAUUCGUCGUCUGUGCAGGUCGAGUUUGUGCGACUGUCACUUUGCGCUAAUUGGAAGGAGAGGAAAGGCGGCAACAGUUGGUUUCAGAGUGGGAGAGAGUUCAUGUGCCGCUGCUCCAGUAUUAGCUUGAAGCCUCAGCCUGGAAAGGAAAAUCAAGUCAAGUGAGCAGCUUGAGCUGUGUUUCGGAGCCGGUUUGGAUUCUAAGCACAUCGGGGUUCAGCAGAGAAGGGCGAUAUCUGAGUGCGAUUUGAACUUAGUCUUGACAAAUUUGAAUCGAGGUAGGACGGAUAGACGCCGGGCACGAUUUACUGAUGUCUCCUGGAAAUAACGCCAAGGAAGCGAGCUAGCCGACCGAUUGAAAUCGAACACGGAGGAUGAUUUUUUUGAAUUGAGCAGGUGCAACUGCGAGGACUUGCUCUCGAGCAGUGGUGAUGAGUACACAACCUGUUCGGGUCUGGCAACAACAAGCGGUCUCCGGACUGUCAUCUGCCGGUCGAACCUUUGGUUCCAGUGUGUACCUAUCGGGAGUUUGCAUUUGUUUAAUGCGCGGGGUUGGAAAAAGUAAUCCCCUAGAUCCGACUCAACCAAACCUCGAGCGUUGUAAUGGAUCAUUUGCCGUGGAAAGCGAUCGAAGGGAGGUUACAGCAUGCGGUUCCGUAAUCUGCAAUGUAUCAGGCCUGCUCUACUAAUUCUCCCUGGAACAAACAGCUCUGGUUUAUUGGAGGAAAGUUUCCAAGGUGACCUUCUGGAUACUGGAGUGCUCAGAGGGCAAACGAUAUCAAGAGACAUAUCAUGUAUGCUGCAAAGAAGUUUUCGACUUCAAGCCUUGUUCCACAAAGACCUGGACAGGUUCCUGACCCCCGUGGCUCGAACGCCGCCGGGGGAUCCACGAACUCAGGGGGCAGUCCCGUCGCUUCUGGAGGUGGUGGCGGUGGAUCUGCUGCGAAACAACGGCUUAGAUGGACACCUGAGCUCCAUGAAAGAUUUGUCGAUGCAGUCACCCAACUUGGUGGUGCUGACAGAGCUACUCCUAAAGGUGUGCUUAGGGUCAUGGGUGUACAAGGUCUUACGAUAUACCAUGUCAAGAGUCAUCUUCAGAAGUAUCGAUUGGCCAAGUACAUUCCAGAAUCGAUGUCCGAUGGCGGGAAAUCGGAGAAGAAGAAGAACCCGGCUGACAUCAUUCCAUCUUUAGAUGCAACUUCUGGAAUUCAGAUUACGGAAGCAUUACGUAUGCAGAUGGAAGUACAAAAACGUCUCCAUGAGCAAUUAGAGGUACAAAGACAUCUCCAGUUACGUAUUGAGGCCCAAGGUAAAUAUCUCCAGAAGAUCAUAGAAGAGCAACAAAGACAUGGAGGUCUCUUGAAUGGACGUGCCGUGCCUUCUGAACCAGGUUCAGCAACAUAUCCAGUUCCGCUGGCAGAAAUGGCCCCGGGACAAACUCCUGCUGGCGGAGUAAAGUAUGAUUCUACGUCGGUUUCUCUGCCUGAAGGUCCCGGAACGAGUAAACCAUCCACUGAAAGCUUGGCCCCUGGUAGCAGUGUACAAGCUACUACGGAGGCACCCGCCUUGGAAACCAGUGGGCCAGUAGAUCAAGCUUCAGGCCUUACGUCACAGCCUCAAGAAACGGCUCAGUUUUUAGGAUACAGUAGUGCGGACAAAUCUGGUGGACAAAUUGCUCAGCCGCCACAGAAGAGGAUUCGGCUGGAUGAAAGUUCAGUACAAUCCCAACCACAGUCCGAAGCAGCCAACAAUUUAUCUGGUCAGGCGGCAAGUUUUCCUUCAGCCGACUCAAUGUCAGUAGAGGGAGUCAGUACACCAUUUCAUUCCAAUUCUCAGAACUAUAAUCCAAGUGCGCAGGAGUUUGCACCACUUUCUGCGUUUCAAUCGUCUACGGGCGGAUCUUUUCCGCAGCAGUCCUCGACGCAGCAAAGUGAGAAUGUUCAAGGGCGAGCGCAAUAUCAAACAGGAUUUCAGCAGCAAUCUAUGCAGCCGAUUGACAGUAGCGUUGGCCUCGUAGCACCUCCACAACAUUCACCAAGACCCCAACCACCCUCACAGCCACAACUUUCUUCAACCCCUAUUCGUAGUCAGUCACCCAUGAGGCAAGAAGCGAGGGUUUUCUCCAGCUCUGGUGUUGACAACUUGGAGGAAUCCGAUAACGGUGGAGUUCCACGCAAGCCACAGUUCGGAGCUAAUUCCCUGGACGUGGGGGGAGGGCAGGGACGAAACCUACCUUCGUCUCAAACAGGAGUAUAUGAGCAGUGGGAUUAGAUUAUAGCUUUUCAUUUAGUGAAACCCUGAAGGCGAUGUCAAGCUUUUGCCAGUUUGACUUGGACUGGAACGAAUAUGUCGAAGAUGAGGCCACUGGGUUCUUAGAGCAAUGCGAGAUUUAGAUACUUGCACAAAGAAAGGCUUUUAGUUGGUAGCCACAACUGAGGACCAUGCAGAUUUGAGCUGAUGAGGAUACUUGGUCUGAGCACAAGUUGAUGGUCCUACCACGAAUUGUUACUGGCAAGCCAAUCGGCCACACCGAAGUGGAGAUGUUUACGUAGAAGUAAAGUGGCUGAUCUAUAAGUGAUUGAAUAUGCAAAGUUUCUAGAUCUCGCCAUCUACUGUCCUCCCGAUUCCACCCCGGCUCGAGAAGGGUUACUACUGUUGACCCGAAAGCAGUGCAGGGUGCAAGAAUCUACAGACCUGUACGGCAAAGAGGCAAGGGAUUGUAGCUAGACUCCCUUAUGCAAUGUUCCCGCUUCCUUUUCUUGUUAGUGCGGGCAAAAGUGUUGAGGGACUAGAUUUGAGUACAGUGGCUGUCUGUGGUUGAUGUCCAGGAUCUGGAAGGGGCCUGGGCGUUGAAAACCUCUAAGCUGGUCUCUAUUUGACGAAAGCCAGGAUGUCGAGUGAAGAGGCCAGGAGCUGUCAAGAAAUACUUGCCCUAACUUGUACUUUGAGAAGCGCACCCACUGGUGCUUACAGAAUCUGGGGCCAGAGAGAUCUGUUUAAAGUCCGGGACAUGCCAUGUCGCUAGGUAGACCGACCUCCUUUCCUAAUCUUCAGGAGCGGUAUACUACCGAUCACUUCUACCGAAUUUCAGUAGAAUCUACGGAGCCAGAUUACCCGCCAUUUCGGAUAUUCCUAGUACAUUCACUCGGGGAUUCACUAAUUCCACAAGUCAUCAAUCAGGGUGAGCUUCGACCAAAACUGCCGUUGUGUUUCUUACGUUGCAGACCCCCUCGAAAGUCUUCGGCUGCUCGUGCUUUCAGAGGAUGGUUAAAAGAGUUGGGACACUCUUUUUCUCCCUUUUGCGCUUUUGAGUCGAAAUACCUUGGUACUUGAUUGAUGCUUG